AUGAGCGAGUUCACGAAAGGAAUUUUAUUAAAUUCACUUAGAAAAGUACUCGAACAACUUCAUCCAUCAUUAACGGCUCACGAUGAGGCAUUGUAUUAUGUUGAAAAUUUAUGUCUUCGAUUAUUAACAAAUUUAUGUACAGAUACACCGCACACAAUCGCUGAUGUCGAAGAAAAAGUACAAAAGACAUUUCCGACGCCAAUUGAUAAGUGGGCGCUUGCAGAUGCUCGCGAGACAAUUGACAAAUCCAAACGGAAAAAAUGCGUCCUGCCUGUCGAUCGCAUGCACACCUUGCUACAAAAGGAGGUGCUGCAGUACAAAAUAGACAACUCUGUGAGCUUAUUUCUUGUUGCUGUCUUGGAAUACAUCUCGGCAGACAUUCUGAAAUUGGCUGGGAAUUAUGUCAAGAACAUGAAGCAUGUCGAGAUUACACAGGAAGAUGUACAAAUUGCCAUUCGAGCCGACAGUGUAUUAAUGGACAUGUUUUAUCAAGGAGAGAAUCAUUCAAUUGUAAGUCCACUACCGCCUAUAACGCCUCGUGAUGGAUUGACGUAUGAUGAAGUUGUUAAGGAAUUGUUGCACGAUGAAAAGCAAUAUCUUCGUGAUUUACACAUGAUUAUUCGAGUAUUUCGUGAGGAGCUUAUUAAAAUUGUUGACGAUCCAGUCAGAGAACUUGACCCGAUAUUUUCCAACAUUAUUGAUAUUUACGAACUCACAGUCACACUUCUUGGCUCACUGGAAGACGUCAUUGAGAUGUCUCAGGAACAGAGCACUCCGUGCAUUGGCAGUUGUUUCGAAGAACUCGCGGAAGCAGAGGAGUUUGACGUGUACGUUAAGUAUGCAAAUGAUGUGACAUCAUCGCAAGCGAAGGAAGCUUUAUCGAAUUUAUUGUCAAAGCCAAAAGCUCAAUCGUUGAUUGCAGCGGGUCAUGGUUUUUCAGAAGCUGUUAAAUAUUAUUUACCAAAGCUUUUAUUAACUCCAAUUGGUCACACGUUUGUGUACAUAGAAUAUGUUGAUAAACUUUUACUAUUGACGACGAGUCAAGAGGACCGAGAGAGUUUUGAGACAGUCAAAGGACUUUUGGAACCAUUAAAAUUUGAACUUCAAAAACAAAUUCCAUUGUUGCCAAAAGAGUCAUUAAUGAGAACAAAUUCGCGUGUACGACGACAACAGGCAAUCGAGAAGACGAAAGAGCUUCAAAAUACGGUAGAACAUUGGGUUAAAGAGGACAUUGGACAAUGCUGUAAUGAGUUUAUUAAGGAAGAUACGUUAAUGAAAUUAGUGUCGGGAAAGCGCAAUACGGAACGUAAAGUAUUUCUAUUUGAUGGACUGUUAGUGUUAUGUAAAGCAAAUACUAGGAAGCAAACGGUGUCAGGAACUACAAAUAACUAUGAUUUUCGUAUGAAGGAGAGAUUUUUUAUGCGUAAAGUAGACAUCAUUGAUCGAUUAGAUACGGACGAGUUGAAAAAUUCAUUUGAAAUUGCACCAAGAGAACCUCAUUCUGUAGUUCUAAUAGCUAAAAAUGCUCAACACAAGAAUGAAUGGAUGGCUGAUUUAAUAAUGUUGAAUACAAAAUCAAUGUUGGAAAGAAUUUUGGAUAGCAUUUUAUUGGAUAUUGAGAAACAGCAUCCAUUAAGGUUACCAAGUGCUGAAAUGUAUAAAUUUGCGGAAGCUGAUAGUCCUAGCAAUAUUGUUCUCGAAGAGAAAGAGAGCGCUGGAGUUCCAUUGAUUAAAGGAGCAACAUUAAUUAAACUUGUUGAACGUUUAACUUACCACAUUUAUGCUGAUCCAGCAUUUGUCAGAACAUUUUUGACCACAUUCCGCUCAUUUUGUUCACCAAAAGAGCUUCUUCAUUUGCUCAUCGAGCGUUUCGACAUUCCAGACCCGAGUUUAGUUUAUGAGACGUCAAAUAGUGAUAAAGAUUUGGACGAUAGGCUGCACAAAAGCUCACAACGGGAAGAUUGGAAGCGUUAUAAAAAGGAAUACGUUCAACCUGUGCAAUUUCGUGUCAUUAAUGUUUUGAGGCAUUGGGUAGAUCAGCAUUAUUAUGAUUUUGAGAGGGAUCCAACACUUUUACAGGAAUUGACACUGUUUUUAGAAUCAAUAAAAGGAAAAUCGAUGAGAAAGUGGGUCGAUUCGGUACUGAAAAUUAUUCAAAGAAAAACUGAUAAUGAUGAAAAUCAUAGGCAAAUUACUUUCGCAUUUGGACAUUCUCCACCUGCUAUUGAGUACCAUUUGCAGGUUCCAGAAAAUGAAUUUAAUCUAUUGACUUUUCAUCCUUUGGAACUAGCGAGACAAUUAACUCUUCUCGAAUUUGAGCUCUACAAGAAUGUUAAACCGUCUGAAUUAGUUGGAGCUGUGUGGACUAAAAAGGAUAAGGAAACGACAAGUCCAAAUUUGUUGAAAAUUACGAAACACACUAAUAAUUUUACACGUUGGAUCGAGAAAUCAAUUGUUGAGGCCGAAAACUUUGAGGAACGUGUUGCAAUUUUUACUCGUGCUGUGGAAGUGAUGAUGGUUUUACAGGAACUAAACAAUUUUAAUGGAAUUCUCACUGUAGCAUCUGCGUUUAGCUCUGCUGCUGUUUAUAGACUAAAAUUGACUCAAGCUGCAAUAACUAAAGUUCAUGAGAAAUGUUUGACUGAGUGCUUGGAGUUGAGCGAACAUCAUUAUAGAAAAUAUCAAGAAAAGUUGCGUUCCAUAAAUCCACCGUGUGUGCCAUUCUUUGGAAUGUACAUGACUAAUAUUCUCCACAUUGAAGAGGGUAAUCCAGACUUUUUACGAGACACUGUAUUAAUAAACUUUAGUAAGAGACGAAAAGUGGCCGAAAUAACAGGAGAAAUUCAGCAAUAUCAAAAUCAGCCAUACUGUCUAAAGAUUGAUCCAAAGAUUCGACACUUCAUUGAAACACUAGAUCCCUUUCCUGGCCAGUCUGUAAAUGACAUUCAAAAUUACCUUUUUGAACAAAGUCUCAAAAUUGAACCAAAAAAUUGCCGUCAGCGACUCAUAUUUCCCCGUCGAUGGCCAGACUUGACGUUAAAAUCACCAGGAAUUAAACCAGCACGACGUCAUAAUAAUAGCAAUUCAUCUAUGAGUCUAUCCAAUACAUUACCAUUUAGUUCAAAAGCAAGUCAGCUAUUCACGAAUAGUGAAGGAGAGCAAUCACCUCCAGCAAACAGUCAUUUGCCAGCAUCAGAAUUUUCCGUUUUCGCAAAUGUAAACAUUCCUAUAGCCAGUUCAUCAUCCUUUUUUGCAUCACAAUCUACUUUAAAUUCAACAUUAUUGACCGAUGAUACGAUCUCAAUAACAUCGGCUAUAGCUCCCGAAAUUCCUCGACGAUCGAACAGCAUCAUAUCGAUGACGAUGACUACAACUAGUUUUAAUAAAUAUGAUAAUGCUACAAAUAAUUUUGAUAAACCAUUAUUAAGUCCACGAAUUCAUCAGCCACAGCAUCAUUUUAAUACACAUCCAUCAAUAAGUCCAGCUAAGCCAUUAGAUUCUCUUGUCGAGGACCUGCGGUCUAUGGAAAUACAUCAUCAUUUAGAUCAAACAAGUCCAUCACUCUAUAAAUCGAAUCCAUAUCAGCGUGCUGGAAUUCGUGCAAAUAUUACAUCAUUGGAAAUGGGUGGCGGUGAACGUUCAUCACCAAGCUAUAAUCAUCCAUCAAGUCCACAAUUAAAUGAACUUAAUGGUCCACAAUUACCCAUUUCUCCUCAUGUUAAUGUUCCAAAUGCUCACAAUUUUAAUCAUAUACCACCGCCACUACCACCUCGCAAAAGACAUCCAAAAAAGAAUCCAAACGACUACAUUAAUUCACAGCUAAGGCAAGCAGCUGAUGCGCCAAUUCUUUUGCCAAGAGAUAUGGAUCCACCUCCAUUACCACCUCGAACAACGCAUCAUCACCAACCUCAAUCACAUCACAAUACGGCAAGCAAUAAUUUUAAUACAUGGAAUAUGAGAGAUGAAUCAUUCCAUGGGCAUUCAAUGACUCAAUUAACGGCACCAGAAACGAGCACAAUAAUGCAGAGGAGAAAUUCUGCUUUAGCCAAUAAUAAAGAAAAUCAAUCAACAUCUAAUUCUACACAACCAUCACCGUUACCAAACAAUUCUAUUAAUUUUGACUCAAAACAAUCGCCAGGAACUGUGAGUAAGAAACUAAAUGCAUCACCAAGAAAUCCCAAUGAAGUUACUCCAAAAUUGCCUCCAAGGAAGGACCGUUCAACCAUGUUCCCGUAUCCAAAUUAA